AUGGAUGAACCAGUUAAACCAGAAGUAGUGGAAACUACCACUAAAACUAUAGCUGUCAAGGAAGAAUCUGUUGAAAACGGUAUAGAUUCAUCAUCGGUAACUCCUACAACUAAUCCUGUGAAAAGACAAAAGGUAUCAGAAGAACCCAAAGAAGAAUAUGAGUCUAGUGAACCAGUUCACGAAGCUGUGGGAGGUUCUUCAGUGAGGAAAUAUCUUAAUAAAACGUUGACUGUACAUUUAUUAGAAGGUUUAAAAGAGGUAGGUAAACGAAAACCUGAAGAUCCAUUGAAAUGGUUGGGAGAAUUUUUGAUUGAAAGAUCUAAAACGCAAAAUAACAAUCAAUAA